AUGGCUGACACACUAAAAAACGUCAUCUCCCAGAGUACAGAGUGUCCUGUAUGUAUUUCUACCUUUACUGAUCCCAAGAUCCUAUCUUGUUCUCACACUUUCUGCAAAACCUGUCUGGACAACCUCUUGGAGUGCCAUGGUAAUUACCAGAUUCGAUGCCCUGUAUGCAGAGCUGUAACCCAGAUCCAAAACCAAGAUGUCAGUAAUCUACCGGUAAAUCUUGCUUUGAAGAAUAUAAUAGCGGACAUGAAGUGUUAUCCCAAGAUUUGCACGAUUUGUAAAUCCGAUGAUAAAUCUCAUGCUGCUGUCUACUGCCAAGACUGUGGCAAGUAUCUCUGCACCACUUGCCUCAACACCCACUCUCAAUGGGGUGACUUUACCGAUCAUGAAGUCAUAGCCAUGACUGAGAUCUCAUCAGGGAAGGUGUCAAUGCGUAGAUACCGCAAAUGCAGGAAACACCCGGAAGAAGACGAGGAGUGCUUCUGUUCCAACUGCAGGAGAUUCACAUGCUUCAGGUGUGUUGUCAUGGAACAUAAAGACGAAGGACACCAGGUCAUGAAGGCAUCUGCUUAUGAGAACAGACACAGGGAGAGCAUCAAAGACAUAAAAUCAAAGGUGGAUGCGAAGCAAGCAUGCUUUCGGAAAUACAUAGAUUUCGUCGAUGAACAGAUGAAGCUUGUUGGCAGUACUAAGACAGAGUGUAUAGAUGAUAUCAACAAGGCUUACAAUGUUACGGUCCGGCAACUGACAGAGAAAAGAGAAAUCUUGCUUGGAGAAGUCAAGGAAAAGACUGAAGGAGUCGAGAAAGAACUGGAAAAGAUGAAGACAUCGGCUCAGAAGUACAUCAAUCAGUUGAGGACCGUUGCUGACCUGGUAACCAACAGAACAAAGAUACCGUUCGAUAUGGAUAGUUUGGCUGCACACGACACUCUCUGUGAGGAGAUACGAGAAGCCUUUGAUCAAGAGGAUCCUGACUACGAGCAACCCAGGAAAUCAAGCAAGAAAGGGAAAAGUGUUUGCUUUGAGAGAAACGUUCGAAAGGACGAGCUAGAUCUCGGUAAGAUUGUUGACGUGGUUGCAAAGGACGUCGCUUUGCCGACUAAGAACAGCAUGAGUGUCAUGGUUAGUUCUCAAGAUAGUAGGAUGGCCGUAGGGUGCUGGACAGGUGGCAUCAACAUUUUCUCUUCUGACGGCGAAUUCCAACAGAAAAUUCUUAAGGAUGUUAAGAUUUUGGGGGCAGCGUUCCUUUCUGACGGUCGAUGUGUUGUGAUCGGUUAUGACAACGAUAUCACACUUUACACACCAGAAUACUUAAAAUUGAAUGUAAUGUUUGAGUCUUUAGGCAGAGAUGAAGGUGGAUUUUCUAAACUCACUGUUGAUGAUGCUGAUCUGAUCUAUGUGAGCUACAGAAAAGCCCAAAAGAUCCUUGUAUUUUCAGCAGCAGGUGAGCAAGCAGUCAGAGAAAUAACAUGCACUGGGUAUACACCAGAGCAAAUCACUAGUUUCGAUGGCUCUCUUCUCGUUAACACAGUGGAUACUUUACGAUUGAUUCACAAUGAAGGUGUUGUACAACAUACAUUAAAGAAACCUGGUAUAUCCAUUUAUGCUGCUGUAUCUAAAGGUAAUCUCAUCCUGGUAGCCACGGUGAAGCAUGAUGAAGGACUGGUGAGUAUUGACGAGUAUACAAAUGAGCUUACACCCAUUCGAAACCUUGUUAAUGAUUACAAGAUUGCAAAGCCUGGUAGAAAUUGGUAUUAUCUCCAGCAAUACCGAUCAGGCGAGAUCGCUUUCUGCACCCCGGAUAGACUCUAUAUAUUCUACUGA